CGGUCUUUGGCUAACGGCUGUGCGUUAUUUAUGAUUAACCCAAAGUAGUAAAAGACGCACCUCACAAGUGAGUCCUUAAUGUAACGUUACAAGGUGUACAUGUGAGUAUACUCACGGAAAUAUCCGAAUUGACACAUACUGAGAGUUAUAACUGCGGCGCUUAAUAGUGCACACACGGCGGUGCCUCCCUUGUUUGUUACCAUGGUGAUGUGCUAGUGUGGACUAGCGGACGUUUCUCCUCUGACAGACACACAGAAGAGACUUCCUCACGAUUUGGUGUAACGUCAGGUUAUGAUAGGUGUAUAAUAAGUAGAUAUAGCGUCGUGGAGACCUGGCAUUGUAUGGUCUACAUUGUAGAACAAAGUAUCAGUGUGGAAUCUUAGUAGCUACGUUAUCGUUAGCUAAUAGCUAAUCGGCUAUCUCGGAGCUCCGGCUAACUGUUAGCUAGCUCUCUCCACCUGCAGCACCAGACACGUUACAUGUGCACAAGCUGACUGGCUGCAUUCACUGCACAAACAGUUAGGAGCUCAGGAGGUGAAAUGGCGCAGAAAGGAGUUGAGCUGGACCGAGAAACUUUCUCUUGUUCCAUCUGUCUGGAUCUACUGAAGGAUCCGGUGACUACUCCCUGUGGGCACAGCUACUGCAUGAACUGUAUUAAAAGCCACUGGGAUGUAGAGGAUCACAAGAAAAUCCACAGCUGUCCUCAGUGCAGACAGCGCUUCACACCGAGGCCUGUCCUGCUGAAAAACACCAUGUUAGCAGUUUUAGUGGAGGAGCUGAAGAAGACUGGACUCCAAGCUGCUCCUGCUGAUCACUGCUAUGCUGGAGCUGAAGAUGUGGCCUGUGAUAUCUGCUCUGGGAGAAAACUGAAAGCACACAAGUCCUGUCUGAUCUGUCUGGUCUCUUACUGUGAGAAACACCUUCAGCCUCAUUACGAUGUAGCUCAGUUAAAGAAACACAAGCUGGUGGAGCCGUCCAAGAAUCUUCAGGUGAACGUCUGCUCUCGUCAUGAUGAGGUGAUGAAGAUGUUCUGCCGUACUGAUCAGCAGCUUAUCUGUUAUCUCUGCUCUUUGGAUGAACAUAAAGGCCACGACACAGUCUCAGCUGCAGCAGAAAGAGCCAAGAGGCAGAGAGAGCUCGAGGGGAGUCGACAAAACAUCCAGCAGAGAAUCCAGGACAGAGAGAAAGAUGUGAAGCUGCUUCAACAGCAGGCGGAGGCCAUCAAUCUCUCUGCUGAUAAAGCAGUGGAGGACAGCGAGAAGAUCUUCACUGAGCUGAUCCGUCUCCUGGAGAAAAGAAGCUCUGAUGUGGAGCAGCAGGUCAGAUCCAGGCAGAAAAGUGAAGUGAGUCGAGUCAAAGAGCUUCAGGAGAAGCUGGAGCAGGAGAUCACUGAGCUGAAGAGGAAAGACGCUGAGCUGAAGAAGCUCUCACACACAGAGGAUCACAACCAGUUUCUACACAACUACCCCUCACUGUCACCACUCAGCCAACCUACAUCCAGCAUCCAUAUCUGUCCUCUGAGCUGCUUUGAGGACGUGACAGCGGCCGUGUCAGAAGUCAGAGAUAAACUACAGGACGUCCUGAGAGAGAAGUGGACAAACGUCUCACUGACAGGGACUAAAGUGGACGUUUUGCUGCCACCACCAGAGCCCAAGACUAGAGCUGGAUUCUUAAAAUAUUCAUGUAAAAUCACACUGGAUCCAAACACAGCACACACACAGCUGUUAUUAUCUGAGGGGAACAGGAAUGCAACAUUCAUGAGUCAUCAACAGUCUUAUUCUAGUCACCCAGACAGAUUCACUGACUUUAGUCAGGUCCUGAGUAGAGAGAGUCUGACUGGACGUUGUUACUGGGAGGUGAAGAGGAGAGGUGGGGGAGUUUCUAUAGCAGUCGCAUACAAGAAUAUCAGCAGAACAGGGAGGUCGAAUGAAUCUGUAUUUGGACGAAAUGACAAAUCUUGGGCGUUGGAUCGUUUCCAAAACAGUUCUACAUUUUGGUGCGACAAAGUCCACACUCCCAUCUCAGCUCGUCUGUCCUCCAGAGUAGGAGUGUACCUGGAUCACAGUGCAGGUAUUCUGUCCUUCUACAGCGUCUCUGACACCAUGACUCUCCUCCACAGAGUCCAGACCACAUUCACUCAGCCGCUCUACGCCGGACUUCGGUUUUAUGACUACUUUCCUUUCUCUUCUCCUGGAGCCACUGCUGAGCUGUGUAAACUGAAAUAGACAGAAGUCAUUUAAGGGAUUUAACUCUUUCAACUUAUUUUAUCUCCAUGCUUGUUGCCGAGAGCAUAUUGUUGUGGCGUUUCUUCACUGCACGGAGAUCAGCGGCCCAUCAAACAUUAUGGGCUGUACUAUGGGUAUGUCCCAGUUCCUUAAAUUGCAUCCACGUUAUCUUCACUUGGUUCCCUUCCUCGCGUCUUAGCCUGCCGCACCAAGAAAGCAUGGGAGAGCCGCGAGGAGAGGGAUAAGCUAUCCUUUCCUCUGAAGCGUCACGUGAAUACGUCAGCUGUAUGUGUGGAGUUAGCAACGGCUUUCAGGCUCUGGGAAGGCUGCUCUCGUAUUUCCUCGCUCAUAGCUCCUCAGAGAUCCCUCCUCCAUCCUCGCUAGUAAUAAAUAAGAGCUUUGAGACUGAGGGCCAGAAGGAAUUGCGGUUCGAGGAGAUAUCAAAUAAGAGACUUGGGAAGCAGACAGCGUAUCUCCAGAUGUGUCGAUGUGUAAAUGUUUGAGUUUCACUCUUGCCAGGAGCAGGUGGAGAUUAGAAGGGCUGAUAUAGUGUGCGGGGGGAGGGCAAUUGGGUAGUGAGGAAUGAGGAGGUGGAUGUAGGAGUCAGGAGACGUACUGGUGGUAGUGUGAGGGCAUCUGGUGGACGGAUGGGAAAUGACAAGUCUGAAGAGUUCCUAUGGGAAUGCAUGUUGUACUGACCUGAGUACUUCUUCCUCCACUGCCAGGAACACACCACACACACGUUCUAUAGCUAGAAACUCCUGUAUGUCACAGAUAGUUUUAUCCAUAAUAAACUUAACCAUAUGACUAAACCGAAGUUGGGGCUUCUACAAAACAUGAAGGGAAACUGCUUCAACACAGUCCUCAGUCCUCCCACUGCAAGAUCAUGUACAAAGAAUGGACAUGUGAUAUAGAUAAAUAUAAUAAAUGGUUCUUUGUUGCUGUUAAA